UGGCUCCAUGGAGGAGCAGGAAGACAACUUUGUGCUUUCCCUCAGAGCCAACACCAGCAAGUGCAGCCUUGAGACUAAGCAAACGCAGACCCCAACAUGCUGGUCAGGAGCAACCAGGGGUGGCCCGGAGGUGGUGAUUGUACCGGUGCUUUUUGCGUUGAUUUUGCUCCUGGGAAUGGUGGGAAACACAUUGGUGUUGGUUGUUUUGGGGCAUCUCUGGCCUGGGGGACGCCCAUCGCACAGUGCUACCAACAUCUUCAUCCUGAACUUGAGCAUUGCAGACUUCUCCUUUCUGCUCUUCUGCGUCCCCUUCCAGGCCACCAUCUACUCCCUGCCAGAACGGAUCUUCGGUGCCUUCUUUUGCAGGUGGGUUCACUACUUAGCCAUGGCAACAAUGCUGGUCAGCAUCUUUAGACUGGUGGCUAUGUCUGUGGACAGAUACAUUGCUGUGGUCCAUGCCAAGCGUUCACCCUGCAUCCGCAGCAAACACAAUGCUAGCCUCGGAGUCAGUGUCAUUUGGCUGUUGUCUCUACUCAUUGCCAUCCCUGUAGCCCAGCACCAGGCCCUCAUGAGUGGUCAUCAGCUAGCAUCCAACAGCUCCUUCUGCUGGGACCACUGGGCAGAUGGUUCAAUAGCCAAGAAGAUGUACAAGAUUGCCAUCCUGUUGGUGGGAUACCUCCUGCCCCUGGUGCUCAUCACCUGUUGCUAUGCCAAGGUUUUGUAUCAUCUCCAUACAAAAGUAAAGAACAUUUCCAAGAAGUCAGAGAGAUCAAAGAAGAAGACAGCACAGACAGUGCUCCUUGUGGUCACCGUGUUCCUGCUCUCCUGGCUGCCACACCACAUCAUCACCGUGUGGGCAGAGUUUGGGCAGUUUCCCCUGAACAACAUCUCCUUCACCUUCCACAUCAUCUCUCAUUGCUUAGCCUACGGGAACUCCUGCAUCAACCCUAUCAUUUACACCUUCCUGUCGGAAAACUUCCGCAAGGCCUGCCGGCAAGUCUUCACCUGCAAGUUCCUCCUGCGGCCAGUUCCCACUGAGAAACUGCUCAGAAUACGCACAGAGAACUUCUCUACCAUGCACUUGACCACUAACAUGUAAAUAGGGCUCACAAAUACCUUUCAGGAGGAAGAGGAGGG